AUGCGCCGGCCGCCCCCUGUGCCGGGCCCGGCCAGCGCCCGGCACUUCGCGGCCCGGGGGCAUCGUCACCAAGCAUUUGCCCGGGCCGCCACCACUCGAGGCGCCCCGGCCCCGGCCGGUCAACUCCUCUUCAGCAUGCCGGGCCCAAAUAGAGACCCGUAG